CCACACACAAUCCAACUCUAAACACGACUGCUGGCGCGACACUUCCGCAUCGGUCUGACGUCACUUCCGUUUCCAUUGGUAACUCAAGGACGCAAAGAGUGGAGUGUUGAAUGGCGGAAGUUGAGGAAAUUCUCGAGAGGAUUGAAGCCCAUGGGAGUGUCAGUGGAAUAAUAGUCGCCAAUGCAGAAGGUAUUCCAGUUCGAACAACAUUUGAGAAUUCCAAAGCCGCUAAGUAUGCAGGACUCCUUCGCCACCUGACCAUGAUGGCCAGAAACACAGUGCGAGACGUUGACCCUCAGAAUGAUCUCACUGUCCUCCGUAUUGGCACCAAAAACCAAGAGAUCAUGGUUGCACCAGAGAGCGACUCUCUUGUCAUCGUCCUCCAGAGGUGUGAGACAUGAGAAACGGCCUGGUGGUUAAUCCAAGCAAAAUCUACUUUAUCACUGUGUAGAGUCUGCAUAUUCUCACUAGGUACCCCGGCCUCCCAUGUUUCAAAAAUAUGCAUGUAAUAUUAUUUGGUGAGUCUAAAUAUUCCAUAUGUGUGAAUGUGAAUGGUUGUUUGUCUAUAUGUGGCUCAGGGUGUAUCCUACCCCUCCCUUGAAGACAGCUGGGAUAGGCUCCACUGAGGACAAGCGCUAUGGAAAAUGGAUGGAUUGAUGAAUGGAUAUUACAUGAGAUUAUACUACAUACGCCACACAUUAGUCAGUGCUUCAAAAGCCAGUAUUUGAAGUAGUAGUUAUAUUCCAACCAGUUCUGUUGACAGUAGUAUGAUAUUACUCAUGCAUAUAUGAUUGGUAAUGUGAAGAGAAUGUGGUCUAUAGUUGCAGUAGUGAUAUUUCUGCAAGUUGUGUUAACAAUGGAUGUGCAUUUCUACAGCAUACAUGAUUUAAUGUAACACUACACUGUGUAAACAAUGUGAUCCAGAAUAUGCUUCAAAUUAAAAGUAUG